GCCCCCUCCGCAGCCAUGGACGGGCCCCCCGCGCCCGCCGCCGCUGCUCCCGCGGAGCCCCCGGGGCCGGCGGCGGGCGCGGGGGGCCCGGGAGGGCUCCUGGCGCUUCCACCGGAGCUGCUGCUGCGGAUCUGCGGCUUCCUCCGGGCCCGCGACGUCCGCCGGGUGCUGCCCCGGGUCUGCCGCGCCCUCCGGGACCUGGCCCGCGACGCGGUGCUCUGGCGGCUCCGGCUCCAGCGCCGCGCCCGCCGCCCCCUGCCCGUGCUGCCAGAGGAUGGCUUCGAUUGGGCGGCCGCCUGCGAGGACCUGGAGGAGCACCUGGAGCGCUGGGGGGCCGGGGGGGCCCCCAUGGAGCAUUUCUCCCUGGACGAGGGGCACUUCGCCUCCGUGGACUCCGUGCUGCUGCUGCAGGGGGGCUCCCUGUGCGUCUCGGGGGGUCGCGACCGCAACGUGAACCUGUGGGACCUGCGGGAGCUGGGCCGGGGCCCCCCCGGGAAGGUUCUGGUCAAAGCUCUGGGCUCGGGACCCAGCGGAACCCACAAGGGCUGGGUGUGGUGCUUGGCUGCGAGGGACGCCCGGGUCUGCUCCGGCUCCUGGGACAGCACCGUGAAGCUCUGGGACCUGGCGGCCGAGGGGCAGCAGUUCGGGGAGAUCCGAGAGAAGGCAGCCGUGCUGUGCCUCUCGUACCGCCCCGACGUGCUCGUCACCGGCACCUACGACAAGACGGUGACCGUGUACGACCCGCGAGCCGGGCAGGCCCAGGUGAGCAGCUACAAGCCCCACGCCAGCGCGGUGCUGUCGCUGGCGGCUGACGAGCGGCUGAUCGUGUCGGGCAGCGAGGACCGGACGCUCGUGGUGUUCGAUCGCCGCGCCGGCUCCGUCCGCCAGCGCCUGCAGCUGGACAAUUACCUGCUCUCCAUGUCCUACCGGGGCUCGCAGCUCUGGGCUGGCGACAACCAGGGCCGGGUGUAUUUGUUCGGCAGCGGCGGCGGCAGCUUCCAGCCCGCCCGGUAUUUCGAUGUGGGGCACCGGCUGCAGAUCACGGGGCUCUGGCACUCGCUGGGCUCGCUCUACACCACGAGCACCGACAGGACGCUGCGGAUCCACGUGCCCACGGAUCCCCCCCGCACCAUCUGCUCCUGGACGCACGACGAUGUCCUCAACGGGAUCAGCGUGGACGGGGACGUGGUGGCCGCAGCCUCGGGGGGACUCUCGGUCGAGGUGUGGAGGCUCCGGACCUGACACCGGCGGAGGGGUGGGGGGGGUCCCGCGGGGUCCCCCCUGCGCCCCCCACUCCGGGGGUCCGGGCCCGGAUCCGGGACCUGGGUGGGGCUGGAAGCUGCCGCCUGUUCAUGGGUAUUAAAGGAUUGGACUGGAA